GGCGAAUCUCCGCCCAGCAUAUGCUUACGCAUCGUGUAUUAGGCGACGCCUCGAUGCGAGAGUGCGAGUAGCUUAUCAACAUUUCGGAGGAGCUGACUCCUGGCCGGCCGAGCUGGUGGCUAUAUAUUCAUCAAGCAAUAUACUGGCCUGAAGGCAGAGCAGGAAACGGAACUUGGUACAUCAACAAGAUCAACUGAAGCUCAAAAUCUAAACAGCUUUUUGAUAAAGCCUCGCCAAAAUCGCCCUGGCUCUACGAUCGAGUCUACCAUCUUCACUCAAAAACAUGUCCAAGAUCUUAACAGUUUUCGGCGCCACUGGCAACCAAGGUGGCUCUGUCGUCCACCAUGUCCUUUCUCACCCCGAACUGUCAAAGACGUACAAAGUUCGAGCAAUUACCCGCGAUCCAAGCAAGCCCAAGGCGCAAGCUCUCAAGGCUCGGGGUUGUGAGGUUGUGGCGGCGGAUAUGAACGAUGCCGAAUCGCUUAAGAAGGCUAUCGCUGGGAGCGGCGUCGUCUUUGGUGUAACGAACUACUGGGAGGCAAUGGACAUGCAACUGGAGAUAAGGCAAGGCAAGGCAAUUGCCGACGCAUCCAAGGCCGCGGGCGUCGAGCGUCUGAUUUGGUCGUCACUUCCAAACGUGACCAAGGAGACCAAGGGCGCCAUCACUGCAGUCGAGCAUUUUGAUUCCAAGGCCCAAGUCGAACAGUACAUUCGCGACAUCCAACAACCUGCAACUUUCUUCAUGCCGGCAAUGUUCAUGUCGGUUGGCUUGUCCAACUUCCGCAAGCUCCCUGACGACAAGUACUAUUUCACUACACCAUUCAACCGAGACACCAAGGUGCCGCUGUAUAAUCCCGGAGAAGACACUGGCACUUUUGUCGCUGCAAUAUUACUAUUGGGAGAUGAGACAUUGAACAAGCGUGUUCUCGGCUCAGCACCGUACAUUACUCCGGAGCAGAUGGUCAAGGACUUCAAUGACGCCACAGGCUUGAGUGCAGAGUUCAUGCAAAUCAGCUGGGAUCAGUUCAAGGCAGCACUCCCACCAGCAGCAGCAGAGGAACUCACAGGUAACUUCAAGCUUGUUGUCGACUUCGACUACUACGUCGGCGAACCGGCUGAUGGCGUUGAAAAAAGCAUUGAUCUAGUCAAAAGGGCUGGGCUAAAGCCACCGAUGACGUGGGGCGAAUAUGUCAAGAAGAACUGGAAGACCGACUGAAGCGGACCAAACAGGAGAAUGAGAGAAAAGGUAGAAUAGGAAGAAAAGCCACUCUUUUGAGCAUCAUUUUGCACGUCCGCUAUUUUGGAGCUUGUUGUGCAUAGUGAAAGUCCCAGAUUUUGCCCUUUCCAGUCGGAUCAGCACAAUCAAGGUCCAGAUACGCUGGCAGAAUGCAGUGUGUACUUACCGAAGCCACCAGCUUCAGUCCGUCUCGCAGUCUCUGUGUUGGUGCUUCUCCAAGCCAGCUCGGCAUUGAAUCCCAAUAUCCCUGUUCCCAUUCCCA